AUGCCGAUCAGGCGUCGUUGUCACCAUCGUCGCAAUCGCUCCUCUCAAUAUCGUUCCCGACCAAGAUUUGGCAGAGCUGGAAGGAGGGCUCGCAAGACCCGAUCGAGCGCACAGUCGGCUUCCCCCAUCAUUGGAGGAUUGCCAACCCUGGGUGGCGCUACGAGUGCAUCACAGAUACCAACAGUAACCAGUUCAGACCUCUUCACGAGCAUGAAAGACCAAAUUGUCAAGGCUGACUUCUUGCGAUAUCUCAUUCUGCUCCGCGAGGGCGGUGUCUGGGCCGACAUCGACGUCUAUCCGCGCCAGCCCCUGUCAAAGUGGAUCCCAGAAAAGUUCCUCGACUCCAUCAACAUGGUUAUUGGCAUAGAGAACGACCACCACAAGAAGCCCAUCUGA